CAUUAGCAUUCUCCUGCCAGAGCUGGAGGGAACCUCUGGAACAUCUUGCCGCCUUUGCCUCCGUGCGUUAGUGACUGACUGCUGAUGACUCACAAAUACAUCAACAAUCCGCCUGCAAGACCCUCCCCUGUAGUUCUCUGCUGCUGCCCUGCCUCUACUACCGGAGAGCAGCUGCAGCACCGAUGGAAAAGAAGCAAGGAUCCUCUCACCAGUAUGGUUCACUGGAGCACACCACAUGGAGCGGAGACACCAAAAAAACAGAGGACGAUGUGGUGUCCAUGGCGGACUCCACCAUUACUGUGGAUGACAUUGAGGGGGAGCUCUUCAAGAUUGAGAGGAUCAGGGACAUCUUGGUCAGGAGGGAGUCAGAGCUCAGAUACAUGAUGGAUGACAUUCAGCUGUGUAAAGAGAUUACUCGACUGAAGAAGGAGCUUCACAAAUUGGUGUCUAUACCAGAUAAGGACAAGUCCAACGAAGACCGACAGAAGGAGGAUGAGCUGCUGCAGCAGAUUCACAAACUGGUGGAGACCAGAGAUUUCUUAGUGGAUGAUGUUGAGUUUGAACGCCUCAGGGAAAAAGAAGAAGAUAAAGAAAUGGCAGAGUUUUUGAAAUCCAGAUUGCCAAGAAACUUGAAGAAAUCAGGUGCAUCAUCAAGAAGGGUACCAGCCAGAGCUCAGCAGACUUCCUCCCCUUUCACCAAGACAGGCCUCACCCUGCUGAAGGAGUGUUGUGGCUUUACGUGCUCCAUCAUGUAGACAAUAGCCAAAGCGAAAGACUCGCACACCAACAUCACCAUUCCAAGGGAGAUGUAUAACCAAGUUCGCCAAUUAGGUGUGAGAAAGAGACGCAAAGAGACAUUGAUGGAGGUGUGCACAUCUGUGGAAACUAUUUUGUUGUAAAAAUGAUCAGAAUAUUAAUUUUUUGCCUCUGCUCUAUGUCUGUGCUUCUCAUCCCAGUGUAACCUACUGUAAAUACUUUCUUUUAUACCCAACUCUAAAGGCUCAGCUGUUGGUGUGCACACUAAUUGGAUUCAACCAUCAUGACUCAGCCACAAGUUGUAUAUUCAAAGUUUUCAUGCAUCUCUGAUAAUUGUCAUCUCCUUUUCAAAGAGUUCCCAUUUUGCAGUGAGUAAGCCAGACUAGAUGCAGCUAGAACUUUAUAAUUAGUGUUAGGGAGAUAAUGGCGAUGAAACUGACCGGGAGGUCUGUCAGCACAAAGCUGUGUGUAGUUUGGCGACAGACAAACGUGGGUCUGACCUUUAAAAAAGCGUUGCUUUAUAAAAGAGGAAACCGAGUAUUUAUGUUCCACUUUUUCCUCCAAAACCUAAAUCGGCUCAGAAGUUCCAGCUUUUUUUAAUUUGCUUUUGAAUGUCUGCAUAUGAAGUUGUAAUUAGAUAUCUACCAGUGCUGUAUAAAAGGGAGCUAAAUUCAAACUCCCUUUUUUAAUACAGACACGCCUCCCUGUGCUGAGCUGCUCUCAGGUUUGUAUCAUCUGUCAUGGUUCAACACUCAAUUGAUAUGCUGCAUUAUCUCCAGACUCAGUAUAACUUUAUCACCUCACGCUUCAGUGCUCACACAUUACACAUAAAAGUGGUUUAUAUAAAGCACAUAUAUACUUGUUAUCUGCUUGCCAACUGCACAGCUCUUUAGUUCAUAGCCAGGAAGUUCCCGUGGGAAGUUUAAGCACACUCAUCAUGGAUGCCGAUGUCAUUCAAAAUCUGGUCUUUUACGGAUUCAUUUUAACUGCUUUUUAGCUUGUGCUGAUGAUAGAUUAAACAAUUAUGAGGAAUUUCAUAAACCAAAUUGGAAUUUAUUAUUCUAUAGUCACACAUGAUCAAAUAUUAUGCACAUUUUGUAUCCAUGCUUCUGGUUGUUUGACUUCUUUUCUAAUCAGAAAUGGAUAAACAUGGGUUUACUUUCAGACACAGGCCUGGCUUUUAAGUAAUAUUCACCAAUAUUUGAUCAGGAUAUUUGACCACUUUUCUUAUCCCAGUUGGUAGACUUCAUUUAAACCAGUUUGUUUCUUGGCAUGGGCCUAGAUUUAAACCCAUACAUUUGUAGCCAUUCCCUAGGCUUAUUGUUAGCCUAGAGUUUCCUGUGUUUCAUACUCAGUUAUGUCUAAAUUUCAACCAUCUGAUCCAAUGGGUCACCCUUGGGCCAAGGUAUUAAGGAAAAAUCCAGAAGCCACCAAGAUUUCAUCCAGAGAUGAACUAACACUUUCUGGAGCAUAUGUGUCACUGACCACAAGUUUUCCAUCAUUAUAGACUGAAAGAUUGGUGAUAAGGUCAGAAGCUCAAGCUGCAACAAGCUUGACUAAAAUUGCUAUCAUGAAUGACCCAGAUAACCACCAUAAAUCGGCAUUGAAAUGUGGAUACUAAGAGUUUUCCUACACGAAAACCAUGACUGUGCCAGGAAACCAACCAGUUUAUAUAAAUGCUUCCAACUCUGACAAAGUUUAUGCCAAAUACUGUUUAUUGUCUUCAUUAAUUCAGUGAUCAAGGUGUAUUUUACUGAAAGAUAAAAUACACCUUGUGUAUAUUUGAUCUUAUAUAAAUAACUUAAAUUAUGGAAAGUCUACAAUGAAAAAAAGCUAAAUUCAAACUCCCUUUUUUAAUCAUUGAGGUUGUUUGUUGAUUUAGGAAAAAUUAAAACCCCAAAAUUGGUUUAACGUUUAUGCCCAUGAUAAGUAUUUAUCAACUUCUUAUCAGAGCUGUGCAUGUUGUUUGAUUUUUCCAACCAAUGACAAUGUUUUUCAUGUCAUUACCAUGUUUCUUUCUAUAAAUGCUACAGUGAUCUACAUAUGCAGCAGUACAUGGGCUGCAGGGACAUAUGCUCUAAUUUAUUGUGUUUGUUUUUCACUGCCCAGAAUACAAGUUGCCAUGGAAACUGUUUAAUCCAUUCAGUAACUUUGAAGUUAAAGGAAAAGGAAAAAAACUGUUGGACAGUUCAGUGAAACGAAGGAUUGCAAAGAAAUACAGGCAGAAAAAGCACAAAUCACAAAGAUGCAGCUGACAUUUUUGGCAUUUUAAUAAUGUGGAGUAACUUCGUGGUCCCUCGCAUAAUGUUUGGUAUAGUGCUGGAAGUCGGACAUGUUAUAUAAAAUAUGGUCUUAGAUAUUGUUAUUCUGUUGAAGACAUUUUAAAGAUUCAUAAAAAGCGUUUGCAUAAAUCUCA